CUCACCUUUCCAGUGAGGCUGCAGGAAAUGGUAACUAUCUUGAAAAUAAUCACAGUCCUGCAACAGGGUUUUGGGUUUUCAACAGGAAUGUGCUAAAGUGGAGGUCUCUGGGAGAGCAAGGAUGAUGAGUCUUGAGUUGAGCUUGAAGUACUGAAAUUAUAAACGAUUUGGUGACAAGCUGAGCUUGCAAUGCAGGCAAUAAAAACCGUGGAAAAAGAAGUGACUUUUAUAAAGGAAACGCAUUUCACAGAAUCCUUCCUAAAGCAACAAGAGUGCAGCAGAAACGCGGCGAGCAGGCAGCUCCCGGAGCAGCAGCCAUUGGAAGGAGCUGUCUGCAGCUCUCAGUGCUGCACUGAGCAUGUCCCAGCGGAGCCCGGCGCAAGCAGCCCGUUAUGCAAAAAGGCAGCUCCAGCAGAUGGGAGAGAGGCACGGCGAGCGACUGCCUCGCUCGCAUCAGCACCGCUUGAAAACAAGCCUGGAUCGCUAGAGGGGAUCUCGCCAGCAGGCCAGAGGAAUGAAAUCCGCCAGGAUGGCUUGAUUGCCAAAGGUGCUGCACCGCGAGAAAUCAUGGGGAAUCAAGAUGGGAAGCUAAAGAAAAAUACAGGUGAUGUGCAAGAAGGAGGAGAAGAUGCCUCUGGGCCCAAGGAUACGGACGGCACAAAGAAGGUAUCGGGAGGCAGAAGGGGACUGGGGAAGCAUGCGAAAGGAAGCGACUCGGGUAAGAAGAAGGGUAAGUCGGACUCCAGGCCCUCCGUGUUUUCAAAUCUGAGGAUCAGAAAAAAUCUGUCCAAGGCUAAAGAUGGGAAUAGCAGUUCACGGGAGGAUGUUUUGGAAAGCCAGGCCUUGCAGCCUGGGGAGCUGGACAGUGCUCAUUCAAUUGUAACCAAAACUCCCGAUAUAAGCAUCUCUGCAGAUGAAGGGGGUCUCUCAGACACAGAUGUUGAACAUUUUGAAAUCAGAAAUGAAACUGUUCCAGCUGCUGCGGAGACACAGGAUGGACAAAGGACCAGCUCUGGCUCUGAUACGGAUAUAUACAGUUUCCAUUCAGCCGCAGAACAAGAGGAUUUGCUUUCCGAUAUCCAGCAAGCUAUUAGACUGCAGCAGCAGCAGCAGCAGGGGGCAAUUAACAUUGGAACUGAGGACCUUGUCACCAAAACAAUGGGCCGACACAUGGCUAAUUCUCAAGCAACCCCCUUAGAUUUUGAACGGUUUUUUUCAGUGACUACCACUGACAAAGAGAGGAGCCCAGACAUCGAGGGGGCUGUUCCAGCGGUAUCGGAAAUUGUGGAAAACAUUCCUGUCUCCAGUGCAACUGAACGUGAACCGAAAGAAGUGGUAAAUGGCACGGGCUCCCCUGGUAACAGCUUGCUUGAAACGCAAGAACGUCAGCUAUUGAUUGAGGAACAGCUCGUUGCUGGAGUGGAUGCUGUAGCCAGUGAACUACAAGAUGGUUUGAGUAGAACUGCAGUAGAAAACGGGUCUGAGACACACAGCUCCACACAGCCUUUUCCAACUUCAGUGGCAGAUGCUGAGGCUAAAAUUGCUGAAGUGCAGGCUGCUGAUUUUCAGGGUUCAGUAACAGAGGGUGAUGUUUCAGGUGCAGGCCGUGAUCACGCUGCUGAGACUCAGGAAGGGAAACGCUCUCUGUCCGCCAGUCAAGAGGAGCUGCGUAAUGGUUUAUCCACAGAAAUGAAAAAUGGCAGUUUGUCCUCUGAAGGAGCAGCAGACAGUCCGAUGCUUGGUUCCCGAUGUUUUAAGCCCUAUCUAAUUAAUCCCUGUUACAUCAAAACCACAACUAGGCAACUGAGUUCUCCCAACCAUUCACCUUCUCCCUCCCCGUCCCAGAGCCCGCUUUUCACAAGGAGGCAGGAGUCCUUCCACAAAAAGGAAAAAGUCUCAGUCAGGAAGAAGAGGUCUGCUAGUUUGGCAGGUUUGUUCAGUCGUUCUGCAGACUGGACAGAAGAGGUGUCUAAUCACAAAAGCGAGAUAACGGAGAAGGUGAGCUCUGCAGACUAUUUGGAGCACAAGGGGUUUAGAGAGAAAUUGCAAACGGAAAGAGUGCCUUUGACUCAUUCAAGAAAGUCCUCAGGGGUCCAGGCUUCUACAGAGACAUUUCCCAAUGUCUUUUCAGGACGAACUCUGCUGGAAAAGCUCUUCAGCCAGCAGGAAAAUGCACCACAAGAAGAAGCAGAAAAACUGUGUUCUCGCAUUAUUGCAAUGGGUCUUUUGCUUCCGUUCACUGACUGCUUCAGAGAGCCAUGUAAUCAGAGUGCCAAGCAAAGCACACCCACGUUUGAUCAAGACCAGCUUUACACUUGGGCGGCAGUUAGCCAACCCACACAUUCAACAGAUUACAUUGAAGGAAGCUUUCCAAGGAGAAUUCCAUCUGCGUGGCCUCCACCCAAACCUCCAGAUGAAGAACAAAGGCUCAAAAUUUCAGAAAAAGAGUUGAAAUCUACAGUCCUAGAAACAGAGAAGCAAUGCAUAAGUGGUGUUCAGCAGGCACAGAAAGAAGACUGUUCCACAGUACCUGGGUCCUGGGAUGACUUUGAGGUGAAAUCUGAGGAGCGUGCCAGUGUCAUCCAACAACUUGAGCAAACUAUUGAGGAUCUGAGGACAAAAAUUGCAGAACUAGAGAAACAAUUUCCUGCCACAGAGGUACAGACUGCUGGGAGGGAGCAGGAAAAUGAGCACGCACAUUCAGACUCUGGGGAACUCAGCAGUGUGACUCUUCAAAGGAAUGAAGAGGAGACCACACCCAGGACUGUGUCACAGGCGAGAUCUGUACAAACAUCACCAACAGAGGAUUAUUUAACACAUACAAUGCCUUCAGCGAGUGCACUGCCACCACCACCCCCAUCACUGCACUUAGAAGGGGGCAAAAGCAACGGGCCAACUCAGAAAUUGACAGCUCUAGAACUACAGCCCACAUUUUGUUCUGAAAUAUCCUUAAUUCUGUCACCGAAGCUAAUCUCAGUGCCACUGGAUGCCAGCCAAUCAGUACAGAGUAUACCGCAGUCACCUCUUCCAGGACCCAAAGUUGAUUUGUCCCUUGCAUUUAAAGGAGAGACUGAAAUGCAGGUUUCCUAUCAUCAUCUAAGUACUGUAGAUGUAACUUGUAGUGAACAUCCCCCUUCCUUGCCCCCAGAGCCCACAUGUAGCAUUACCCCAUCACUGCCAGCGUCUGAACAGGCUGCCCCCCUGCCUGGAGCACAUGGCCAUUCCUUUGUUACUCCCUUGUCUACGGCAGGAUUACCACUGCCACCACCCCUACCUGGCUCAGGACUCCCUUCUUCUGCUGUCUCAGCAGUGACACACCUGGACUACUCUUUCCCAGGUGCCAUGAUGUCACCUCUCCCUUGUCCUCCACAUUUGCCAAGUGGGGAGAGACCGAUGCUGCCUCCUGCUCCUCUCCUCCCAUGUCCUGGAUUCCCUCCACCACCUCUACCACCACCUUUGCCUGGAACAGGAGUCCCAUCUCCUCUGCCUGGUUGGGGUAUCCCACCGCCCCCUCCACCACCACCUUUACCUGGAGCUGAUGUCCCUCCUCCACCUCCUUCUCUCCCUGGCCUGGGAUUGCCACCCCCAGCGCCACCACUUCCUGGAGCAGGACUACCACCACCUCCCCCACCUCUGCCUGGAGGGGGCAUUCCACCCCCUCCUCCUCCACCACCACCUCUGCCUGGUGCAGCUAUUCCCCCUCCUCCACCCCUGCCUGGAGCAGCUGUGCCCCCUCCUCCUCCUCCACCACCUCUGCCUGGUGCAGCUGUGCCCCCUCCACCACCUCUGCCUGGUACAGCUAUUCCCCCUCCUCCACCCCUGCCUGGUGCAGCUGUGCCCCCUCCUCCUCCUCCACCACCUCUGCCUGGUGCAGCUGUGCCCCCUCCUCCUCCUCCACCACCUCUGCCCGGUGUACCAGUGCCUCCUCCACCGCCUCUGCCCGGUGUACCAGUGCCCCCUCCACCGCCUCUGCCUGGUGUAGCUGUGCCCCCUCCGCCCCCUCCACCGCCUCUGCCUGGUGUAGCUGUGCCCCCUCCACCACCUCUGCCUGGUGCUGGUGUCCCUCCACCACCCCCUCCUUUGCCUGGGUUGGGGAUGGCUCCUCUGGCCCCACCACCAUUGCCUGGAAGUGCACCAGCACCAGUCCAGGGCAGCAGCUACCCACCAGCCCCACAGGGUUUUCUUCCUCCUCCAUUACCAUCUGGUUUAUUUGCAAUGGGGAUGAAUCAGGAGAAAGGGAGCAGGAAACAUGUGAUAGAGCCUUCUCGGCCAAUGAAGCCUCUUUACUGGACAAGAAUUCAGCUCCAUAGUAAAAGAGAUUCUAGUGCUUCACUUGUGUGGGAAAAAAUUGAAGAGCCUUCCAUAGAUUAUCAUGAGUUUGAAGAACUGUUUUCUAAAACAGCUGUUAAAGAGAGGAAGAAACCCAUUUCGGACACCAUUACAAAAACAAAGACUAAACAAGUCAGAGGUGGGGAUGGUCUUCUGUGGAUUCCUAAAAAGCAGUUAAAGUUCUUGUUUUAUCUUGGUUUCAUGUUCCUGUACUCAAUUCAAAGCUAGGCUGCUUUUCCAUCAUCUUUUGACAUGCAGAUUAGUGCUGUACAAGACUUUAUUCUACAUGGGAUCCAAAGUGGGAUUCUUUAAAAUCUCUGCUCACUAGACUUAUAUCUGAAUACAACCUGUUAAUUCUCUACCUCUUGGUUCUGGAGAUCUUGUCCCCCAAGAUUUGGUCCCCCAUUUUUGGUCAGGUAUUUUGCUGCGCUGACAAAAAAACUUGCAACAGGCAACAGAACUGGUAAUGAAGUUACGAUGAUUAUCCCAAGGUUUUGGAUAAAACCUUUCUCUGGAUGGAUGGGAGGGAUAGCGCAAACACAUGUACCACUGUGCUGCACUAGGCUGUACUAACUGGGAUGGGAGGAAAUGUAAACUUCUGCUGCUAUCUUGCUGUCCUGCAGUAAAUCUCCAAAGUGCAAGACCUUUGCUUCUCUUUCCUCCUUCUAGAAAAAAAAUGGGUUUUGAUGGUUAUUCUUAGCUUAAUUACUAUCAUAGUUGUUUAAGUAAAAAAAUGAAUGCAAAAGGGAUCCUGUGUGUCCCUGUACAUUUCAUAACAUUUGGUGAUGAAAAUACCUCAACAGAGUAGAAAGCAUGACUGCUAAUUUGUGUAACAUAAAGAGAGCUUAAAGAAAGACUAUGAUUAUGAAUAAACAUUAGAUGUGGAUUUUAAUACUAAAUAUUUCUUUUUCUUGCAAUGCCAUAAAUUUAGGUAUGUUGUCAGUAAAUUUAAAAAAAGUAGCAAAAGCCAAAUUAAAAUGACUGAUUGUUCUUAACUUCUUUGAAAAUAGCAAGUUCUUUCUGACAGAAAUUUCCACACAGAAGAUUAAAGUAAUCAAAGUAGUUGCUGUACCUAGGACAAACAUUCCUGUGAGCCACCUUAAUUCACAGAAGAGAAUUCUGUUUCUCUUCCUCUGGUAAUCAAACAAAUGUACUGCUCUCAAAAAUAAAAAGAAAUUGACUAAUAGAGAAGUCUGGCUUGUUGAAUUCUAGUAUCUGUGGAGAAAAGAUUGACUAAACAGAUGAAGAGGCUUUCAUUAGAACUGUGUUUAGAGUUAUCAUUUAUUGCAGAUGUUGAAGUUAAACACUCUUGUGUGAGAAUCCAGUUAGGGCUUUUAAGAGUACUGCCAUAAGACAAUUGAAAUAGAACAACUUCACAAAUAUAUUCCACAUACACCCUCUCAGCAAUUUGGAAUGCAGAAUUUAAUUUCUAGAAUUCUCUUAAUUUAUACUGCAGUAAACACUUGGAUAAUGAAGUCUAUCCAUGUUUAGGAGAAGAAACAGUUAUUUGGGGAAAGCAUAGCUGUAAUUCCACAAGUAUGUUUUUUACAGGGAGCACCAAGUGCUGUUCAAGUGGUUACUGACUUACAUGGCUUCUAUGAUAGUUACGGGUGUUGUAAAGAUCUUACAAAUGGUGUUUCUGUAGUGAUUUUUACAGGGACAUGUUAUGCAAAGCAGAUGUGUUUUGUCACCUGUUGAACUAUUAAGAAGCACUGAACAGAACCAAGACCCUCACUCUGCUGCUUUCAAGAAAAGCUCUUGUCUGGAAAUUGUUUUUGCUCCUUGUGUUGAUGUGCAGGGUCUGCUGAGUGAAUGUAUUGCUUAGAUGGAUUGGAUGUAAAGUACUGGCUACA